ACGUCAGCGGGUGUGCCUUACGCACUUCCCUGAAGUUCGGAGUGUUUACAAGUGAAUCUUCCCGCCUUGGGAUCAAAGCAGCUGAUUAAGGAGAGCAGCAGGCUUCACAUGGCUGCUGCCUGAGAUCUGAGGAUGAUUAAGACGGAGAGGAUCCUGCAUCUGAAGAGCUGCCGCGGGAGGAAGGUCCGUGUGGUCCGGGAACAUUAUCUGAGAGAGAGGGUCCCCUGCUACAGCUCCCUGUGUCAGGCGGGCUGUGAAAACGAUGGCAAGGUGCUACCAGGAGACCUGACCCACUAUGUGAUUCCUGAUGCGGGGGUGUCGGGGGACUAUCUGGAGAUCCUGGAGUUCAGAGAGCUGCAGGGCAUCAUCUUCACUCAGACCUCCUGUCAGGGGGUGCAGCACAGCAAAGGACGCAGGCAAUACAACCGUCUCCGGAACCUGCUCAAAGACCCUCGACACGACUGCGUGCCGUUUGCCAAUGAAUUUCAGGAGUAUUCAUACUGUCCACGAGAGAAGGGGGAGAGCCAGGAGAAGUGGCAGACCAGGUGUGUGUACUCUGCAGCAGUUUGGUACUACAACCACCUGGCAGGUAUGAUGGAUAUAGUGAUGAUCACUGAGGAUCAGGAAGCCGUGGCUCAGUACAGCAGCCUCCAUUCUGGGGUUUACGUCAUCUCUGUCCAGGAUUAUUUAAGAAACUUCUGUCCGGAGCUGCAGGUAGCACACAACCUUUACAGCUCCAUUUCCCAGGCGCUACAAGAGAAAGAGAGUGAGGGCACGGAGAGGGAGUACACAGAACAUCUGCCCGGAGAACUGCUGGAGGCCGGGAUCAAGUCUGGGCGGUACAUUCAGGGGACUCUGAAUGUCAGCAAGCACCGCGCACACAGUGAAGCUUCAAUCAUGACGGACGGUUUGUCCAACAAGAACACAGAUCUGAGCUGGGGCGUGUUGGUGUGUGGAGGGAAGAAUCGUAACAGGGCGGUGCAUGGCGACCAGGUUGUGGUGGAGCUGUUGCCAAAGAGCGAGUGGAGAGGGAAGGACAACACCCUGGCUGAGGGUCAGGGGGAGAAGAAGAGCGGAGAGGAAGGUGGAAGUAAACCCAUGCCCACAGGCCGUGUUGUGGGAAUCCUGCAGAGGAACUGGAGGGACUAUGUGGUGACUUUCCCCCCCAGGGAGGGGCCUCCGCCCCAGACCAGGAACACCCAGCGCAUCCUGGCGGUGCCCUGGGACCACCGCAUCCCCAAGAUCCGCAUCAGCACCCAGCAGGCCGAUGCUCUGCAGGACCACAGAGUGGUGGUGCGCAUUGACUCCUGGGAGAGCACGUCGCUCUACCCCAACGGCCACAGUGUGCGGGUGCUGGGUAAAGCUGGGGAGCUGGAGACAGAGAUCCAGACCAUCCUCAUCGAGAACUGCAUCCAAGUGCCUCCAUUCUCAGACGCACAGCUGAAAGAGAUGCCCGUGAACUCUGCAGAGAAGCCGUGGAGGAUGGACCCGGCUCAGGUGGCGGAGCGGCGGGACCUCCGGGAGAGUCACCUGGUGUUCAGCAUCGACCCGAAGGGCUGCGAGGACGUGGACGACACGCUGUCUGUACGCAGCCUGGCCGGCGGGAAGCUGCUGGAGCUGGGGGUCCACAUCGCUGAUGUCACACACUUUGUGACAGAGGGCUCGCUCACCGACCUGGAGGCACGUUCAAGGGCAACCACGUACUACCUGGCCGACCGCAGGUACGACAUGCUGCCUGGCGUUCUCAGUGCAGACCUCUGCUCUCUUCUGGGCGGAGUGGACAGAUAUGCGAUGAGCGUGAUGUGGGAGCUGGAUGCAGAGACCCUCGUGGUCAACAAGGUGUGGUUCGGCCGCUCGCUCAUCCGCUCCUCCUACCAGCUGCACUACGAGCUGGCCCAGGCGCUGCUGGACGGGGAGCAGGCGGAGGUGCCGGAGCUGGCCGGGGUCGGGUCUGAAGAGAAGGAUUCUAAACUAGCCCAGCUCACCCAGGCUCUGGAGAUGCUGACACACGUAGCCAGACACCUGCGGGCGCAGAGGGACCGGGGGGGGGCGCUGGAGCUGGAAGGGGUGGAGGUGCGUGCCCAGCUGGAUAAGGACAAGAACAUCACAGCGCUGGUCCCCCGUCAGCCUCUGGAGGUCCACGAGACGGUGGCUGAGUGCAUGAUACACGCCAACCACUGGGUGGCGCGCAAGAUCCAGGAGACCUUUCCCCACCAGGCCCUGCUGAGGCGCCACCCGCCCCCCCGGCAGGAGUUCUUCAGCCAGCUGGUGGAGAGCGCCACGGCCAGGGGCUUCACCAUCGAUACCAGUACUAACAAGGCUCUGGCGGACUCUCUGGACCAGGCCGUGGACCCCCAGGACCCCAUGGUGAACAGGCUGCUGAGAAUAAUGGCCACUACAGCCAUGUCCCAGGCUGUGUACUUCUCCACUGGUCUUCAGGCCCUAGACCAGUUCUACCAUUACGGUCUGGCUCUGGACCGGUACACACACUUCACCUCACCCAUCCGUCGUUAUGCCGACAUCGUGGUGCACCGCCUUCUCUCCGCUGCCAUCGCCAUGGACAGGGGGGUGGACCCGGGUAAAGCGUUAGCCAGCAACAAACAACUGGAGGAAACGUCUCAUCAUAUCAACAACAAGAACAGGGCAGCCCAGCAGGCCCAGAAGAUCUCCACAGAGCUGUUCCAGUGCCUCUACUUCAAAGAGAGAGACCCUCAGUCCGACCAGAGCUGUGUGGCGGACGCCGUCAUCUACUCCAUCAGAGACAACGGCGUCCUGGUGUUCAUCUCAGA